UAAAAGAGUUGGGAUGCAUCCCAGUUCAGCUACCUCGACGCCUUUUUCAGUGAAGGAUAUUUUGAAGCUGGAGCACCACCAUGACUUUGACAACGAUUUCUUGAUGACUGAUCAGGUUGUUCCGAUGCAUUAUCAGCACGUGCACGCUGCGUCCAGGACCGGGGACGUUUAUGACUGUCAGCCGGAGCAGUGCGUCUCGGGGACGCAGGAGAAGCUCGAUAUUCACAGCUCAGCAGCAGAAGAGGAAAUAAAUGAGCAGGAGAUAAGCGGUGUUGACAGCUCUCCUGGCUGUGACAAAAACUCCAAAAGCAGAGCCAGGCUGCGCCGGAAGCCCCGGGUCCUCUUCUCCCAGUCCCAAGUGUCCGAGCUGGAGAGGCGCUUCAGACAGCAGCGCUACCUGUCCGCCCCGGAGAGAGAGCAGCUGGCCCACAUCCUCAAACUCACCUCCACACAGGUCAAAAUCUGGUUCCAGAACAGGAGGUAUAAAUGCAAGCGGCAGAGGCAGGACAAGUCUCUGGAGCUGGCGGGGUAUCCACCUGCACCCAGGAGGGUGGCGGUGCCGGUGCUGGUGCGGGACGGGAAGCUGUGCAGCGCAGGGUCCCACUCAGCACCUUACAAUGUGACUCUUGGACAUUUUAAUUCUGUGUUUGCAUACGGAAACAGCAGCAUGUAUGGCUGCAGUUAUCACAGUGUGUCACCGUCAGCUGCACAGAUGUGUCAUAACCAGCUGGUUGAUUUAACGGGUAGCAGUGAAGGACAUCUCAACCACGGACACUUUCAGGCUUCGUUACAGGGUGUGAGAGGCUGGUGA